GAUACGGUAAGUCGUAACUCCGCCCCCCUCGGAGCUGCAGUCAAGGAUGUUGGAGAGAAAGAGGGAAGUAGUGACACACUCGGGGACAGUAACCUACACUAUCGUAGCAUUUUCGGACAUAUACCCUCUUGCUAAUGAAUAAUAACCCGGUUAUUUCUUCUUGGAGGCAGUUAGGGACAGUUGGUGUGUUAGCUUACAACGGUCGUAUUCAUCUAGCUCAGACGAGCCUGAAUGCAUGCAUGCCUCGGCAAGCCCUUUGUUACUCUACCCGCCGGGAUAAAUGCCAUCAUUCAUCUCAGAUUUUCUAAUGUUAUCCACUUACACACUCUGACAGUAUGGCAUCACAGGGGGGGGAGGAGCCUCCUCCAAACGGAGGUCAGCCAGAUAGCCGUCUAAAGAGCAAGAAGCCACCCAGCCUUGUAAUAGCCAUCCCUCCACCUGAAGCGAUGAUGUCCCACGACCCUGCAAAACAGCCACUGCGCUCGUCUCUGAAAAAAAGUGAGGCUGGUCAAGCCUCUGGUUCUGUCUCAGAAAGCAUGAGUGGAGCCCGAGAUGGACGCUUCUCAGCCACAGACAGGAGAGCAAAGUUUAGUAGACAAACAUCGCUCUCACAAAGCAUCCGCAAGAAUACAGCCCAGUGGUUUGGGGUUGGGGAAGACUGUGAGACCAAGCAGCAGGUAUGGCACAGGAAGAGUCUACGGCACUGCAGCCAACGCUAUGGCAAGCUGAAGGCCCAGUAUAGAGAGCCUGACACAGCCACCAGCAUCGAGCAGGGCCUGGACUCACCAGCCACACACAAAAUGCCCAAGAUUGUGGAUCCCCUGGCACGGGGUCGAGCCUUCCGUUGCCCAGAUGAGACGGACAGUCGCUCUCCUAGGACACCCCAAAUCCCUCAGGGGGGUCCUGUUACUCCGGGCCUCACUUCACUCAGCUCCUUUACCAGCCAGCGCUCCGGCUACAGCCGCUUCCCCAGGCGUAAGAGGGAGUCUGUCGCCCGCAUGAGCAUCCGAGCUGCAUCCAACCUAAUGAGGGGUCGUAGUGGCUUAGCGGGCUCCCAGACAAGUCGCAGUUUACCCAAGAGGAGUUUUAUUAGGCCCAGCUGGAUGGACGAGGACACUGUGGACUCUGCAGACACGUCUGAGUCGCUUUUCUUCAGCAAGGUUGAUGCCCAUGAUGAGUUUUCCUCUAUCGCUGAUGACGUAUUUGAGUCGCCUCCCAUGUCUGCGGCUUUUGCUCCAAGCGAGCAGCCUGACCAGAAGUUUUCAAGCCUCCCCAGUAAGGACAUAUCUCGAACGCCCAGGACACCAGUAGUAGUGCAUGAUAAGAGCCAUCCUCGUCGAGGUGGUCGCAUCGCCUCCCAAGUUAAGCACUUUGCAUUUGACAAACAUAAGCGGCAGUAUGGCAUGGGCGUUGUGGGGAAGUGGCUGAAUCGGCACUACCGACGGAGCCUCAGCAGCAACGUCCAGAAGCAGCUGGACGACUUCCAUAGCCACAGGCCCUACUUUACCUACUGGAUUACAUUUGUCCAUAUAGUAAUCACUUUGCUGGCCUGUUGUACAUAUGGUUUUGCCCCUGUGGGGUUUGCGCAAUCUUCUACAACUGAACUGGUGCUGAAAAACAAAGGCAUAUACGAGAGUGUCAAGUAUAUCCAACAGGAGAACUUCUGGAUUGGUCCCAGCUCUGAGGACCUGAUCCACUUGGGGGCUAAGUUCUCACCGUGCAUCCGUCAGGACAGUCAGAUAGUCCGUCUGAUCCAGGAGGCCAGAGAUCUAGAGAAAGAAUCUGGCUGCUGCGUCCAGAAUGACAACUCUGGAUGUGUGCAGACCCUCCGGUCUGACUGUUCUGACACGCUGGCCACCUUUAUUAAAUGGAACAAUGAUCAUGUGGACAUACACAGGUCCUCUGGUUCUGUCUGUCACCAAGAUCCCAGAACGUGUGAAGAGCCUGCCUCUUUAGACCCUCAUACAUGGCCGGAUGACAUAACCCACUGGCCGGUGUGUACAUACCCCAGGAAGUGGAACCACACAGGCCUCAGUCACAUGGACUGUAACAUCAAGGGACGGCCUUGCUGCAUAGGGACUAAGGGCAGAUGUGAGAUCACAACCAGAGAGUAUUGCUCUUUCAUGCAUGGUUACUUCCAUGAGGAUGCCACACUCUGCUCACAGGUCCACUGUCUGGAUGAUGUGUGUGGCUUGCUGCCAUUCCUCAACCCUGAUGUUCCUGAUCAGUUCUACCGUCUCUGGCUCUCUCUCUUCCUUCAUGCUGGGCUGUUACACUGUUUGGUGUCAGUGGUGUUCCAGAUGACCAUACUGAGAGACCUGGAGAAGCUGGCUGGUUGGGUCCGCAUUUCCAUCAUUUAUGUCCUCAGUGGUAUCACUGGAAACCUUGCCUCUGCCCUGUUCCUGCCCUACAGAGCUGAGGUGGGUCCAGCAGGGUCUCAGUUUGGACUCCUUGCCUGUCUGUUUGUCGAGCUGUUUCAAGGUUGGCAGAUCCUGGAGAAGCCAUGGAAGGCUUUUCUCAAACUGGUGGGCAUCGUCCUCUUCCUCUUCCUUUGCGGCCUCCUGCCAUGGAUUGACAACAUCGCCCACAUAUUUGGUUUUCUCAGCGGCUUGCUGCUCUCCUUUGCCUUCCUGCCCUACAUCACCUUCGGGACCUUUGACAAGUAUCGGAAACGUAUCCUCAUUGCUGUCUCGAUGUUGGCCUACAUCGGGCUGUUCUCUUCCCUCAUCGUUUGGUUUUAUAUUUACCCGAUUAACUGGCAUUGGCUGGAGCAUCUCACCUGCCUGCCCUUCACAAGCAAGUUCUGUGAAAAGUACGACAUUGACCAUAAUAUCAAAGAUGUGGUGAACUAGUCUCUAGGAUACUCAUUAUAUCUAAGAUGACCACAGCAUCUCUGCUGUAAUCCGCUGUCUCCAGGUCAGGCGUUUUAAGUAUGUGGAAAUCUCAUUCUUCAUUAUUCACUCAUCAAGGAACCUGAUCAAAGUAAUGGGACUGGGUCGGUUUAUUCUCCUCAGCCUUUGACUUGCUUACUUUCAUAAAACUUUACUCAACCUUUUUAUUCCUCAGUAAAGUCUGGCGCUACCUGGCAUGUUAAUUUGCUGAUGGGCUAGCUGAUCCUCAGAAUCAGAGGACAGGAAAAGAUACUCAGGACGUCAAAACUACCUAGAGCUGGGUGGACAUAAAGGAAAAGAUCCACAGAACGAGACUGGUUCCUUCAGUUCACAAAAAGUCAACCUAAAGAAGCCAAAUAAUAGAAGAAGACAUCGGCAUCUCUGGCCUACAAUCUCUUUUCCGUUUAACUCUAUGGACGACAACAGCUGAGAUGAAAAGUAAGACUGAUGCCAUAGUGGGUCAUUAGCUGAUGCAUCAGAUGCCUCAUAUUAAUAAUUCUUAAUUUCAGUAACACUGGGUUUGACACUACAAAAGCAUGUCGAGUCAUUCAGUUCUGCUAUUUCUCAAUGUGUAGUGAAAUGUUUUCAGUUCAGAGUUUUGUUUUUUUUAUUAUUAUUAUCUUUGCUCUUUUGUACAUAUGUACUUGGUAUGUUCAUAUUCUUUGGAGCAGUGAAAUGUUAUGCUAAAGGCAAGUAUUAACUGUGCAGCUGGAAUAGUUAAAGUCAAAUAUCAGUGGUCAAUUAAGGCAAGAUUUAUCUAAAACCACUAGUUGCCUUAAACAUACUAUGCCAUUUUACAAAGAUGCCUCGUUUUACUUUUGCAUAAGGCUUGUGAUCAACUUACUGAAUGCUGAUGAACAUAUUUCUGACUCUAACCUACCAAAGCAACAUCACAUACUGCUUACAUAUGCAUGUUAUUUUUUCACAGUCACUUAGUUUUCUGUAUGCCUCUGCCAGUCAAGCUCUACUUAUCAUGUCUCAUAUUAGUCAAUAACACAGUGGUGCCUAAACCAUUUUGUAGAUUUAAUCAAGAAAAUAAUAUUUAUUCAAGGAGUAAUUAUUGAAACAGGCGUUUGUGUUGGAUCGAAGCAAGUUUUGUACUGUAUUUUUUUGACUCUGUGAAGGCAAACAGUCAUAGGAUCACAAUAGGUAAUUUAUGUUUCACCUGAGCCUUAAUGUUUUUGUAAUGUACCAUGAAAUACUUUGUUUAUACCAUUUACAAAACAAAUACAAUGCAAGAAAGGUGAUUUUAAACUGUUUUAAAUAGUAGUGUUGCUGCAGACAGGGUUUUCCUCAAACAGAUGCAUUCAGACUAAACAUGGACAAAGUCUUGUUCCCUUUCUAUUUUUGUUUUGUUUUGUUUUUACACAUUUCUUUUUGUCUGGACCUUAACACAAGAUCACUUGGGUUGUGGUCGACAGUCGAUUGUCAUCAUCCUAGUGGGUCCCAAACAAAGUCACAAGUCCUAACACCUGAAGUGAAACUUUUCUCUCACAGGUUCCCGGCUCUUGUUUUGAAUCUGCUGUUUGUGAUUCUGGCAUGUGUUGACCCCAGCUGUUAGGAAAGCUACGGUAAGCUGGCUGUUGUGUGGAGGAUUAUGUGAGUUACUAAGUGAGUUAUGAGAUUACGCAAGUUUGUCUGUGAGUCUGACUCACUGAUCAUCUGGUGUUGUUGAGAGAGUUUUUAAAGAACAUGCUGAAUAGGUUGUGUUGGACAAUUCAGAUAUUUUAAACAGUUAUAACACCACUGUACUUAGAUUGUAAAGGUCAUCUUCCGUCCUAUAGCAUGUGGGAAAAGUGUGAAACAGUGACAUCCAACUUGUUUAGGACACUUCUUUACUGUGCCUUUUGACAUGUGAGCAUGUGAGUGUUUGAUCUAAACCACAACAUACAUCUUUAAUCAUGACUGUAUGCAGCUAUGUUUGCAUUGGGACCAAAUAAUGUCACCCUUUUCCUAUUUAUUGGAAUAAAAAGGGAAAGUUUUUAAAUGAUUUUCAAAUCAUGGUCAAUGUACUGUUUCGCUUCAGUUUUAUAUGUGAAAAAUCCAUGUGUGUUAAAGCUGUUGUCAAAAUAAAUGCCACUCUAGUAAUAAUGAA